AUGUCACUCCUCUCCAUCAAGCUCGUGGUGAAGUAUGCUCAGCUCCAUGAGAUUGAGAGCAUGCGUGCCAUAGCACUUGCACAUCAGAACCGGAACCUGGCUGAUUUUGAGAAGGACCUUCAGGACCACAAACACAAACUAUCAUUGGACCCCACCGCUCGCUUGCAUCUUGCAGCACUUUAUGAUACCAUUUUCCAGCAGAACCUCCUACGCAUUGUUGAGCUCUACUCUGUAGUAGAGAGUGAGUACAUUGCCAAAAGUCGGGCAAGGAUGGCAGGACAUUGA